AUGAGAGGGCGCUAUCUCCGGCUUCUUCUUCAUUCAGAAAUCAGAAUUCGAUCGAGGCUUCACCCAGGGUUAGGGUUCGAGAGCUCAGAGCCAAAGGUCAGGUAUUUUGCUCAGAGCCAAAGGUCAGUGUACAAGGAGAUUAUGAUCGGCCUUCAGAGGACAACUUCUGGUGUCUUGUUUUGUGCUCUGUUCUUGAUAUCAGCUUAUUGUCAGAUCUUUGCCUAUGAUUUGGAAGUAAAUCAGACAGCAUUCCUCAAGAUAGAUGCAUCACCACAAUCAGGGCGGAAGAUUCCUGACCAUCUAUUUGGUAUAUUUUUUGAGGAGAUCAACCAUGCAGGAGCUGGUGGGAUAUGGGCAGAGCUUGUCAGCAACAGAGGAUUUGAAGCUGGAGGGCCAAACACUCCUUCAAACAUUGAUCCAUGGGGCAUCAUUGGGAAUGAAACUUUCAUUAAUGUGUUAACUGAUCGGUCAUCUUGUUUCAACCGUAACAAAGUUGCCCUUCGUAUGGAAGUUCUUUGUGACCCGGUGGGAUGCCCAGAUAGUGGUGUUGGCGUAUAUAAUCCCGGAUAUUGGGGCAUGAAUAUUGAACAAGGGAAGACAUAUAAAGUUGUUCUUCACGUUAUGUCAUCUGGCUCAUUGAACUUAUCAGUUUCUCUUACGAGUUCAGAUGGAAUGCAGACCCUGGCUUCUAAUAAUAUAAUAGCUUCAGCUUCACAAGUGUCAAAUUGGACAAAAAUAGAGUUUCAGUUGGAAUCGAAAGGAACAAAUAGUAAUUCCAGACUUCAGUUAACGACCAAUCACAAAGGAGUUAUCUGGUUGGAUCAAGUAUCAGUGAUGCCUACAGACACCUAUAAGGUAGAUAGUAUAUACUUGAUGCAAAUAAUUAGAUUUCUAGUUCCAUGCAAACAAUUACCCUCUUUUGUUCACGAUUGUUUUACUAGUAGGUGAUUAUUCCUUUUUUUC